UCGUGUAGCCGCACGUGGGUGAGAGAUGGAUGUUCCUUCGGCCUCGUUGGUAGACGGCGACUCCGGCCUUUCGGGAUCGAUAGUGGCGGAGCAGUUGCAGACGCUGAGGGUCGCCUGCGAGGGAAGCCCCAGUGCAGCCCCAGCGUGCCCGCAGGGAGCCGCUUUGAAGGACGACGAUCGAGUCCCGCUUUCCCCAGAGCGCCUUUGUGGAGAAGCCCCCGCGAACCGCUCGGAGCUUCCACAGGAGCAGCCAGGGCCUCCUUGGGUCGCCCUGAAGGGAGGCGGUGUGGAAGGAGAUGCUCCUCAGCCUGGCCCUGCCGCUGAAGAGAAGCCGGCUUCUCCUGGGGAUGGCAACGGCCAGACGUCUCCCGAAACGGGAGGGGAGCAGACUUGCUCGCCCGACGAACACCUCCAGGCUGCGGAGGCUUUAUCGGAAAGAGAAAAAGAGCACCGGCCGCCCGAGGAAGUGAAGGCGGGCCAUCAGCCGUCGCCCUCCGCUCUUCUCGGUAGUAACAGCGAACUUAAGAACGGAGGACUGAAUCGCCAAACGGCGCCGGUCCGUCCCGAAGAGCAAGAUGGGCUCUCGAAGGGGAAUCCGGCGGCACCAGGGAGUGAGAGGGGCUCGUUGGCAGUGGAAAGUUGCGGUGGCUUGAACUCGAGCUCUGAGCCGGAAAGUGAUACUGAUGCAGACAGUUCAUCUUCUCUUUCCUCCUGCUCUCCAAUGCUGUCUGAGGAUGAUGAUAAACAAGAUAAAAAUGAAAAUAAUUCUUAUGCUACUAGAAAAAAAAGUGAGUUGUCUAAACAGGAGCCACUUCCUGUUGAAGACAUAAUGAUAAUUCUACCUGAAUCUGUUGAACUGAUGCCUUUUGGAAAGGUUUCCAGCUUCAUUGAACAUCUAGUAAUAAUUGAGUCACAGAAGGGACUUCCUCCAGUGAAUGAAGACACAGUACUUUUUAAGGAAGAUCGUCAUUCAGUAGGAAAGAUCUUUGAGAUCUUUGGCCCCGUGUCACAUCCUUUUUAUGUACUACAGUUUAAUAGUCCUGAGCACAUUCAGUCUAAAGGUAUUAAAAUAAAAGAUGAAGUAUAUUUUGCUCCAUCUGUUGAAAGCUUCACUCAAUAUAUAUUUCCAGAAAAACUGAAACAAGAGAAGGGAUCAGAUGCAUCUUGGAAGAAUGAUGAAGAGCCACCCGCUGAGGCUCUAGACUUCAGUGAUGAUGAAAAAGAAAGAGCAGCAAAAUUACAGAAGAAAUCUCAAAAUGUAAGAAGAAAGGAGCUCAGAUCACAACAAAAUAAUAGCAAUGAUAAUGGAGGAAAUUAUCAGUCCAGACGACAAUAUCCUUCAGAAUAUGCAGGCGGAUAUUGUAGGGGACAGCCUACACCCAGGUUUUCGUGGGGCAGAUCUCCUCAUGUAUCUCCUUUUCCACGUUUCUACAGACAGCACAACGUAACUCCACAGUAUUAUUCCUCUGACUAUGCAGAGCUGCAAAAACCAACUACUUUUUGUCAGCAACAGAGACUGGAGAGUAUGAGAAGACAUCAGUAUUCCUUCCCUCCCCCAUCUUUUGAAACUGUUGGUAGUAAUACAAAUUUUCCACCUCCACCCCCAUCAAUACCUUGGGGAUGGCCUCCUGGGUGUACUCAGAACACCUAUGAGCCUUUGUUGUCUAUGUUGUCUUUACCUCCACCACCCCCACCUCCUCUGCCACCUCCAUCCACAGCUCCUAACACUGGCAGUUCUCCUUAAGACAGAAUAUAUUUUCAGACAACCUAUAAAAUAUCAAACGUUCUACCUGAAUAGUAAAUGUGCUAAUAUUUUCUUAUUUGUUUUGAGGGAGGCACAUUAUUUUUGAUUAUGUACAAAAAUUAAAAUGAGUAUUUUGUAUGAAAUAAAAGUAUGGGGAGAGGAUGUUUAAUAUCUGCUUAAGUUUGUUAUACAAAUCUGACAGAUUUAAAUAUUACAUAUUUCUUUUUGCAGUCAACAUUGCUCAAAAUUGUAUUUUUUUACAGAUUUCUACAUGUCUCUAAUCGUAUAUAAAUUAAUAUGAGUUUUACAAAUUCCUGUAAAACAAAAUUAUUUCUCAAUGUAGUAUGUUGAAAUUCUGAACUAUUUGUUGCCUUUUUAUAACUGCUGUAUAUUACAAUAGAAAACAAUUCAAUUCAGAAACAAACCAAACAAUAAAGUAAAAUCUCCA